UCCCGUCGUGUAUCGUUCCGUUGCUCCUCGUUUCCAUCUUCGUCCUCGUCAUCGCGUCUUCGUCGCGGUUCCCGGCCUCCCGAAAAUUUUCACGUCCAACCGAACUGUCGCCCGGCAUCGCGGUGCCGAACGAUCGCGGACCACCAUUUAAGUAAUCAUCGUGAGGGUGUGCAUGAGACAGAGAGAGGGGAGGGGGAGAAGAGAAAGAAGGAAAGAGAGGGAAAGAGAGUGGUACAAGUCGAAGGACGGUGCAAUAUCACACGAGAAAAGACGAAAGGUAGGGGGAGAGGAAUGGUGUAAACGAGAGGACAAGAAGGGGAUUAAGAACUCGGCAAGAAAGAAACGAAGACGCGGGUAGCGUUUCAAAUUAGCCCAUGUUAAUCCAACGAGGAUUAAGUUGCGGUGACCGAAUCCGAUUCGCGUGCGAAACGUGUCCCAGUGCGUACAGAAAACAAACAGAACUUCGAAAAUUACUGUUUACACUUCAGUCGGUUCGAACGAGUAUUCUUCCACUCGCAAAGGCGAACACAUCGUAAACGUCUUGACGUUGGCUUCAGUUACGUUUGGUGUUAUGUCGCGACGCGCACGCUUCCUUUGUGUUUCAUCACUCGUCGACGCAGUGGAUUCUCGUUAGGCGACGGACAAUAGUGACAAGAAGUAAAUCAUAGUUUCGCGAUCGUGUUUUAUGUGAGUUGAAACAGUAUCCAAUGUUUUCGAACGAAUUGCUCGUAACGUGUGCCGUUAUUUUAUUUUCGCGCUCAGACGUCCUUUCAUAAAAGAAGUGACGCUAUGAUUCUGACUGGUUUCGUCCCUUGGAACUGAUUUUCUUGUGUUUCUAUGUGAAAAGCUGAUCACCAUCUAAAGAAACUUGUGGCAAUUUUGCACGCUGUCGAAACCACCGACGGAAGAUGCCGCCUACCGAUCGUCUCGGGACAUGAGUGAGAAGUUUAAUAUUGAUAAAGUGGCGACCGGCGGCUAGUUCUGAGGGUCCAUAAUACUUUCACAACCACGGAGGACACUGACAACAUGUCUUACCUUGCUCUGGACUCCAAUGCGUGGCAGGACCGUUUAACUGGUCACGGGGGUAUUUCCUCGCUGGGCGGUGGAAAUUCCUCGCCGUAUUCCGGCGCCCAUCACCACGGUCACAGAGGCAAUGGGAACGGUAGCGGGAUGCCCCAUCAUGGGGGUGCAUCCUUGCCAACCGCCUCCGACUUUCAACCACCGUACUUUCCACCCCCUUUUCCAUCGCACCACCAUGCGCCGGCGAGUCCUCAACAUCCGGGACUCGGGCAACCGCAACAUCUCGAUUACCUCGUCGGCGAUCCUUACACGCAGACGCUCAACACGUUACAUCAACAUCACUAUAAUCACCUGAGCGCCGCCGUCACGGCUGGCCAAAGGAGCGGAGAUCUUAGGAGAGACGCCGAGGGUAUCCAUGUGACGAAUAUGCAUGCGUCCUUUCCAUACGAUGGUGGCCGUAGCAGUGGCGGAGGCGGUGGCGGUGGCGGUGGAGGCGGAGGUGGUGGUGGCGGAAGGGGCGUCGAAUAUGGCGCUGUUCGGCGUCCUGACGCCCUGCUGCCACCCCCAGGCCUCGACCAAACCGACCUCGUUCUCCACAGCAGCCUCGUAGACGACCCCCAGGUGAGCGACGAUAACACAAACGUAGACGAUGGAGGGUUCAUGAACGACCUGCCUCUCCUGAAAAACAUGAAACCAUCGGACAGGAGCGAGAAGGCGAUGCUGACCGGAAACGCGCAGCCUUCGGAUGUGUUCUGUUCGGUUCCAGGACGAUUAUCGUUACUAAGCAGCACCAGCAAGUACAAAGUUACAGUAGCCGAGGUACAAAGACGACUAUCGCCACCGGAAUGCUUAAACGCGAGUCUCCUUGGAGGAGUCUUACGAAGGGCAAAAUCCAAAAAUGGCGGACGUCUGCUUAGGGAAAAAUUGGAGAAAAUUGGGUUAAACUUGCCAGCCGGAAGGAGGAAGGCAGCCAAUGUUACGCUCUUAACAUCAUUAGUGGAAGGAGAAGCCAUUCACCUUGCCAGAGACUUCGGCUAUGUUUGCGAAACCGAAUUCCCUGCGAAACAAGUUGCCGAAUACCUGAGUCGGCAGCAUUGUGAACCGCAAGAUUCCUACAGGAGAAAAGAACUUCUUCAUGCCACCAAACAAAUCACCAAAGAGCUGAUGGAUCUUCUGAAUCAAGAUAGAUCACCACUUUGUAACACACGGCCGCAACAUAUCCUCGAUCCAAGCAUACAGAGACACCUAACACAUUUCUCUCUUAUAUCACAUGGAUUCGGGAGUCCUGCAAUCGUAGCCGCUCUUACGGCAAUACAGAAGUUCCUAAGCGAGUCGCUGAAUCACCUGGAGAAGAUGUAUCCAGGGAACGGUAGCGGCGUGACAAGUAGUCAGCAAUCGAAUCUCGACACGAACAAGAGCAAGGACGGCACGUUGAUGAACGACAUGAAGAAGUGACGCCCGGAGGACCCGCCUACCUCGAACGUGGUCACUUCAAUCAGGCACUCAUGGCCAUACAACUGAGCUUAUUGCGAGUUGUCCUCCUCGCUAACAGCUUCCGGUGGACCACUGAAACGACGCGUAUGUCCGUGCAGAGACCAGCGCGAUUGAAUAAUCAAAAUAAAGAAGAAACUAUAUAAAAGCAUAUUAAAUAGAGCCCAGCAAAAUCGGAAGGGGAACGAGCGUGACAGCUUGGUGCGGAUAUCCGUGUUCGCCGAGGUUGGCUGGUCGAAUGUGUUCUAGGUGUAACGACACGAAGUCGCGAGCAAUGUGCAAUCACCGUUUAGCGAUCGACGAAAUCUCGAUCGUAGACCUCGACAAAGGUCUAAUCGAAGCUCUGGUCGAACCGAAUCGGCCGGCAGUGGGACACACGAGAUACGAUAUUUAAUUUUCCUCUUUAUUUUUUAGGGAAUCACGUCAGGACACUAUUUCGUUGACACUUUGACAACACACACUUGCAGUCGUAUGUAUCGUUUACUAUGCAGAGAUGACUUGUUAGUUAGUAGAAACAUGAUUAAUAUAUUUUCGUUGUUGAAUGAAACGAUAGCUAAAACAUGUGUCAUUUCGAAAUCACGAAAGAUGAGAUUUGGUAGGGUGAACAGAGUACAACAGCUCGAUAAUUAGCCGCCAUAUUAGGAACCCCUCGAUCUCCCACGCGUACACUUCAUUUUGUUACCUAAUUAUAAUAUUCGUUCGAUAAUUAUCCACAUUUGGAGCUCUAGAAGCGAGUCAUUUACUAUUGCUAACAGGUAAUUAUCCAGCGACUACUACAAUUAAUGAAUGACAAAGACUGUACUACUCCUCGAUUUCUGCCAACCAAUUUGCCAUCUCUGCACAGUAUCUUUAUCGACAAACAACGUAUACUCAAGGUAGGAAUAACUUCGUUCCCUCACUGCCUACUUUAUUUGAGACGCGUCUAUGCUGAUCGAGAAGAAACGGGUCCUAUCCGUAUCGAUCGAUUCGAGAGGAUCGUGGUUGCAACGAGUCCGCGAUCAUUGAAAGUUUCAAUAUUUCUUCCUCUUAGGUUCUCUCUCUUUCUCUCGAACGGAGGAUAUUUGUACUGCUACUUGUGAUAGGCUUAGCGAUAAUCCAAACGUUUGUGCAAUCGUUACGAUUUAAUCUUUGCAAUGAUUCUUACCCGUGCUCCAAACUUCGCGAUCUACCGGUAGACUUUCUUGCUUAUCGAGACGGUCGGGAUCGUUUCGUUCCGAGACAAAUGAAAUUCAGCGUAGACGUCGUAGACUUGUUCGUGAUUUGAUUCGAACACGAUUAGGAAUUUAUUCCCAGUUUUCAACGCGUUAACCUUUUGAGUACUGAAUUCUUUCGACGUGAAUGCUUACCAGGGACGUUGCUUAGAUUAUAAACUGCAUCUGUAUAGAUUCACUUGUAGGUAUGAUUGUUCUUUUUUAUUUUUCAAUAUCGAGAUAAGUUUAAAAAUUGUAUAUAUGUGUCUAAUUCACGGUAAUGAGAUUUUAUAUACGUCUGCGGCGCUUAAAAGAGAUGAACAUAGAAAUGUGUUGGAAAGGAGUGAACUGGGUUUGAAUUUCUUGAUUGUUUCUGUUCUUGCAACUCGCGAAUCGAUCGAUAAUUGUACACAGAUAAAGAAGAAUUAAUUCGUAGAAUUUUUUGAGCCGAUUGUUUAUAUUGCUCAAGCAUUGUUAUUCUUUGCUCGUUACCGAGCGUAGCAUCGAUUAUGAACUCUGCUAUCUAAGCAUUAAUAUUAUCAGCAUAGUGAUAUAUUGCUCUCUACAGCUUGUAAUUUAACAGUUGUAAACGUAAUUCACUUGUGAAUAUUUUACAGGCGAUUUUUAUCCAUCGACCGAGUCCAAUGUGUAAAACAGCUCUGCCCUAUUUUAUGCGUAGUUGUUCACGGUGACUCGCAUAUUUGUUCACGUGCUUUCAUAUUUUUCAUUGUAUGUACAAUGAAAAUUUGUUCAAUUGGGAAAGCUCAAUUGAAUUUAUUGGAAAUAAAAUUGCUAAUUGGAAGAAUUUUGUAUUAUGUGUACAGUUGAGAUAUUAAAUUAAUUUCAAUCUACAAUGAGACACAUAUCCCUUUUAGUAUCAUCAAAAUAAAUAAUUAUUUAAUUUAUUAAUAAUAUCUAUUAUUCUUAUCGUUCUAUUCCAUAAAAACAAGUGUUAAUUUCAUAUGAACAAAUGUGUCUGUCAUGUAAUUAGCGAAUCAACAACACUCGUUGAAUAUUCAUGAAUAUUACAGGUUUUGAAAUUAUAAAUCUCAUUGCUAACACCUUGCAAUUUUCAUUUUGCUUUUUAUCACCGACAAUCAGCACUAAUGGCAUAAUAAUAGCAGUGCAGCAUUAGAUGUAAUAUUAUCAAGAGAUAACAUCAUGGACUCGGUUGCAUUAUGAUUUUCCUAUUAUUAGAAUCUCUAAAAUGUUGCAUCGAAUUUAAACAAAAAUAUUUCAUCUAUGUUAGCUAGGUGACGUCACAGCCGUCCGAGGCUGAAAAGUAUUAAUUUAGGAUUGUUAUCUAUUGCGUUAAUUGCCGAUCAAGUUUUCUAUUUAAAUCAAAAUAGCUGAAUUAUCCGUUCACAACGAUUGCUAGUUUCGAUUUCAGCACGAUUACACUGAGUUUAUAGUUAGCUAGAAUUAACGAUACGAGUUUAUAGUUAGCUAGAAUUAAUUUCCGUACGGAAUACCAAAAGACACUUUUCAAGCAUAUCGUGCAAACUUCUCGCUCCAAGCUUGCUAUAUUAUAUUAAGAUCAUAGCCAGUGCAAUUUUCAGAUGGUUCAACGUUUUAUUAUACACUUUAUCUAAUUAAUGUUCUAUCACACAUCCUAAAUACCAUGUAAAGAACCAUUUGUUGGUGUCAAAAUUAACUCAGACCCGCUGGAAAUCGAUUAACACCAUUUUUUAAAACGAACUUACAAUAGUAAUCCCUAAUAUAUUGGUGUAACUAUCAUUUUUUGGGGACGGACCAAAUCCCUUAAAAAUUAAAAAAUUUUCUAAUUAUGAAAUGUUAAAAUGGUGAGGGCCCAAUCCACAUUUUUGAGGGCUAGGCCCAUUUUGGUCCCUGCCUAAUUAGACCAGUGUCCUAAUAGCGAACGCGUCGAUCAACAAGCAAUCUUUCGAACGAUCAAUCGCAAUAAGAUCAUGUAUCCCCUUCUCCUCCUAAUUAUUCCACGAUUUUUGUUCUCGACACGAACAGAAGAACAAAUUACAUAUAUCGUCGACAUCGACGAUUAGUCUUUUCUUUUUUCAUCGUGCCAAUGCGAAAGUUGCCAUUCGAGAUGUGCCAAUUAACGAUAUCGAGUUAGAAACGUAAGUCGAAGAAACGAGAUCGAACGUAUAGCUAAAUAAAGCUACGUUUUUAAGACGCGAAGAGUAGAAUCAAUGAUCGUGUUCGUACCGAUACAGGAGCAAUCGAGUGCUCGACCGUUUCAUACAGAAUGGUAAGGAGAGAGUAAAUUGAGGAAAGGAAGCACGAGAAAUUGCGUUGAAGUACAAUACCAGGUGAACCUGAGACAUAUCUAACUUUGUAAUUAAAUCUUAGGCGUAUGUAAAUGUAAGGAUUAAGAAACCUGAUCGAACGUCUCGCGUUCCGGGAUAUUAUGUACAGAGUAUUUGAAUCUUUCUUGUGAUAUAAUCGUAACAUUACUAAGAUAUAAAUCGAUAACAAGGCAAGACAAAAAAAAAAGUAAUUACUAUUAUCAUUCCAUGUUUUUUCAUAGAGAGACGAGCUGUUAGCGUGGUCGUGAAGGGUGCCGAAACAUCCCUCUGUUUUUAAUCCCGAGGAAAACGAUUCGUGCUAUGUAAUUUUUAAAGAAUUUCUUUUUCCUUAGAGAGGAUACAAUUUUCUCCCUUACGAUUUUGCGCUUUAAUAUUGUUGCCGGUCUGUCUGUUGAAUAACGAAGGAACGAUACUCAGUUUCCGACUAAUUCUGUGAAUUUAGUUGAACAAAAAAAGGAUGUAUAGAAAGAAGUGUUAAAAAUCUUGAAAGUUGAAAAAAUGGGAGGAAAUAUCUUGAAUCUUUUAUUUUUAUUCACGACUACUUAGGCGAAACUCGUUAGACGUAAGAUCCCGUAAAUUAAUACUUAUUUAUAAUCCUUAGAGCGGCCGUAGAAAAGACGUUUUUCUACCAGAAUUUCUGUGCCAACUACAAAAAAAAAUACAAUGUUGUAGACAAUUUUGUUCCAAGUUGAAGCAUCAUUCUAAUCUUGUAAGAUACUCAAAUAUAUCUUUAUUAAAUAUAUUUGAAUUUCGUAGUAUAUUAUAUUCUGAUAUUGAUUAUACAGUUCAUUUUUGUAUAUUGGUGUGUGAUAAAUAAAUAAGAAUAUUGUUUCUAA